GUAGUCCGCCAAAACAACUACUACUACGAGGAAGCUUCCCGGAAGCUGCCAUGACCCUGCCUUCUCUCCCACCAUUUAUCCUCCCCAUCUUCCUCCCUCUUUCCCCCGAACUGCCCACCAACAUUCUCUCUCUUCUCUUUCCCUCUCUCUCCUCUUUCUCUCUCCAAUAUUUCCGGCCUUCCCCACCUCAGCCAUGAAGCUCGUGAUCAACAUCAACCCGAAGAAGCUCUUCCGGUCCAAGAAGAGCCGGUCGAUCUCUGGAUCCGACCCUCCUUCGUUCGGAUCCGGUUCGACCUCAUCGGACUCCUCCGAGUCUUCUUCAUCCCACCACCACAACCACAAGUCGGACGGCGGCAAGAGGACGCCAACGAGCGUGUUGACGUCCACGGAUAUCCACUUCGAGUUGGUGCAGGCUCUUAAGAUGACUGAUAAAGAAGGCAACGGAAAGAUAACGAGGAAGCAACUCGAGGCGGUGCUCAGCCGAGUCGGAGGUGAGCCACCGAGCGAGGAGGAGCUAACAAAGAUGCUCGACGAGGUCGACAGAGACGGCAAUGGCAGCAUCAGCUUCGAGGAAUUCGGCGCGAUCAGCUCGGCUUUCGGGCCGCCGGCUUGCGACACGGAGCUCCGCGACGCGUUUGAGUUUUUCGACACGAACCGCGAUGGCCGGAUCACGGCGGAGGAGCUCCACGCCGUCUUUUCCGCCAUCGGCGACGGCCGGUGCACGUUAGAGGACUGCCGGCGCAUGAUAAGCGGGGUGGACAAGAACGGGGACGGGUUCGUAUGCUUCGAGGACUUCUCGCUUAUGAUGGAGCAGCAACAGCAGAGAUGAUAAGCUGUCUAUUUGAUUCGGUGAUCACUUAAGUGUGUUAUUGAUGAUGUUAUGUAACUCAGUGCCCUCAAUUUUUUUCCUCUUGUUCCUUUUUGUGUUGUUUCCAAUUUGGUUUGUGAGAUUAGCUCUGAGAAAAUUGUCACGAAAAGGAAAAAAAAGUAUUCAGUGCCCCUUGGCCGCCACGACUAAGUGUAUGGAUCAACAGCUAAGUGUAUGGAUCUAUGAUAUUGAAAGGCUCCGAGUGAUUACUCCAUGGAAACGGAUUGAUCGAUUGGACAGCUUGGCCAGGUUGAUUUAUGUAUGUGAAAGUUGACCGGA